AUGGCCAGCCUCGCCUUCGUCUCUCCUGCUGCCCGCGGGCCAGUUUUGCUGCACUCGCCGUCGACACAGGUUCCAGCCCCUCCGCGCGAAUGGUUUGGACCUUUCGGCCUUGCCUUGGCUGCUGCUCCCGUCGUGAUGGCAAAGGUCACCCGCUCGACACGCACUUCGCGUGUUCAAGCACGGGCCGGGAAGAAGGAAGGGUCGGAACCUGCCUUGUCGAAGCGAAAGCGCAACGACCCGCAGGAUAUCACCUUGCUGGACAUGGGGACAGGCUUCACAGUAGGUGAAGACUUGAGCCGCCUUUCGAGAAUCACUGUGAAGACUGGCCGCGAGCGUGUCAAGGAGCGCUGGGUUGUGCGUAACGCGGACCAGAAGGAAGACGAGACGAAAGAUCCAAAGGAGCUCAUCAGCGAGGUGGCAGCGGAAGUCAAUGGGAUGGACGAGGCCUUUCUUUCAGAGCUGGUCGAGAUGACGUCGGUCCAGCGUGCUGAUAUGAUCGAUGAACUCACACGCAAAGCCUUCAUGCUCAUGGAGGCCGGCGAGAUCAGCGAAGCUAAGGAACACCUCCAACGUGCCACGAGAAUCGGCGAAGCUUUCGAGCGAUUGAGUCAGGAGCUGGAAGUCGUACGGGAGAAGAAAGGCACUUCCAAGACGGAGACAGAGGUCGUCAUGGAAUUGCGCAAGGAGUUGCACCAGGAGGAUUUCAGCAGGAUCUUCGGCGCCCAAGCCAGACUUGCCCGCUUCAUUGGGGGAAUGUGA